AACACAGUUACGGUCAUUUCAAUUCUAACCCGAAAAAAUAAUAAAGAACCGGUAAUAUCCAAAUCAAAGUAUCAAACCAAGGCGAAAUAGAAUGGGUUUCCGAUUUCAAUAGCUAACUUUCAUAAACCGAGAACCGAAACCGGAAACAAUCAAACCAAACCAUUUGGUGAUUAAAGAAUUAAUCAGCAUUAAGUUAUGUCAUAUCAUCUCCUGCUAAAAGCCUAAAAAGCUAAAACUAGUCGUGACUCGUCGUCGUCUGAUAUUACCAGAUUCCUGAGAAUUUGAGCCUAAUCCUUCAUCACCAAGCUAAGUCUCAAGGUACUCAUUCCUCUCUCGCUUUUGUUUCUUCUGCUACUGCUACUGCUAUGCGUCGUUUGAUUCCUCCUUCAAUUUCGUCUUCUCCGAUCAUAUCUCUAUACUUUUCUUCCGGAAGUAAAUAGCACCGAUCUUUUAAUUGCGUCGAUUUUCAACCUAAUCGGAGCAUAAGAACACGUUUUCCGAUUUAUAAUUGUUGCGCUUCGGUAUCUGAUUGUGGUUGUGGUUGACUUCUUCUUCAAAGGUUUCACGAGUACAAUAAUGAGUCAAAAGGGUUUGAUAUAUAGCUUUGUUGCUAAAGGAACAGUUGUUCUAGCAGAGCAUACUCCUUAUUCAGGAAACUUUAGCACCAUUGCUGUUCAAUGUCUGCAGAAGCUACCCACAAAUAGCAGCAAGUAUACUUACUCUUGCGAUGGUCAUACUUUCAAUUUCCUUGUUGACAAUGGCUUUGUGUUUCUAGUGGUUGCUGAUGAGUCCACCGGAAGAAGUGUUCCUUUCGUGUUUCUCGAACGGGUCAAGGAAGACUUUAAGAAGCGGUAUGAAGCGAGUAUAAAGAAUGAUGAGCGACAUCCUCUUGCGGAUGAGGACGAAGAUGAUGAUUUGUUUGGAGAUCGGUUUAGCGUUGCAUACAAUCUUGACAGGGAGUUCGGGCCCAUACUAAAGGAGCAUAUGCAGUAUUGUAUGAGCCAUCCAGAAGAGAUGAGCAAACUUUCUAAGUUGAAGGCCCAAAUAACUGAGGUCAAGGGGAUCAUGAUGGACAACAUUGAGAAGGUUCUGGACAGAGGAGAGAAGAUCGAACUUCUGGUUGACAAAACCGAGAACCUACAGUUCCAGGCAGAUAGCUUCCAGAGACAAGGAAGGCAGUUAAGAAGGAAGAUGUGGCUACAGAGUCUGCAGAUGAAGCUGAUGGUGGCUGGUGCUGUUUUCUCUUUUAUUCUCAUCGUUUGGGUUGUUGCUUGUGGAGGUUUCAAAUGCUCAUCAUGAUGUUUCGCUUCGUUUGUAUCUGUUUUAACACUUAAAUUGCAUGCUCAUGUUUGUACAUGGAAGAACUUAUAAUAACAUAUCAUCAUAUCAUCAUCAUCUCCCACAUGCUGUGAUGCUAUAUAUAUAAAAAAAAUGUUUUUGUUCUCAA